GGUGUAGAUAAUAGACUAGGGAGAAUGGAGAAUUCAAGAAAGCUUGCCAGUGUGAUUAUUAUACUGUUAGCGCUAGUACUUCAGUAUGUGUGCGUGUGGGGACUGAAAGAGUGCACAAACAUUCCAACCCAGCAGUCUUCCCACACUCUGCGCUACGAGGUGGAGUCCUCAAAAGAUGAGGCGUGGAAAGCACUUGUGCACUCGCAUUUUGCCCAUUUGACUCCAACUGACGAGAACUUUUGGGCUACUCUCAAACUAUCUCGUAGGCAAGAUCUGGAAGACGCGCAGGAGGAUUUCAAGUGGAGAAUGAUGUACAGAAGAUUGAGAGAGAGCAAUAACAAUAGUGUUAUUAAUGGACAAAAUUUCCUGCAGGAGGUUCCAUUGCACAACGUUCGUGUGGACCCUAAUUCAGUGUAUGGUGAAGCCCAGCAGACGAAUUUGGAGUACUUGUUGAUGUUGGAUGUGGAUAAUUUGGUUUGGAGUUUCAGAAAAACAGCGGGGUUGCCCACCCCUGGGAAGCCCUACGGUGGAUGGGAAGACCCAAAGAUGGAGUUGAGAGGGCACUUUGUAGGCCAUUACAUGAGUGGUACUGCUUUGAUGUGGGCUUCCACCCAUAAUAAGACACUUUUUGACAAGAUGACCUCUCUUGUCUCUGCUCUUGCGGCUUGCCAGAAGGCCAUGGGAACUGGUUAUUUAUCUGCAUUUCCUUCUGAGUUCUUUGAUCGUUUUGAGGCCGUCCAAUAUGUUUGGGCACCAUACUAUACUAUUCACAAGAUCAUGGCAGGAUUGUUGGAUCAGUACACCUUAGCUGGAAAUAAACAAGCACUCAAGAUGACUACGUGGAUGGCUGAUUACUUUUACAAGCGUGUCCAAAACGUUAUACAAGAGUGGACAAUAGAGAGACAUUGGACAUCCCUCAAUGAAGAGACUGGUGGCAUGAAUGAUGUUCUCUAUCAACUUUACACCAUCUCUAAUAACCCAAAACAUCUCGAGCUCGCCCAUCUUUUUGAUAAGCCUUGCUUUUUGGGGCUAUUAGCUAUGCAGGCUGAUAGUCUUUCGGGAUUUCAUACAAAUACACAUAUUCCUGUGGUUAUAGGCUCACAAAUGAGAUAUGAGGUCACAGGUGACCCACUCUACAAGGAAAUUAGUACAUUUUUUGUAGAUAUUGUAAAUUCAUCACAUGCAUGGGCAACUGGUGGAACUUCUAGUAGUGAAUUUUGGGAGAAUCCAAAGAGAUUACUCGACUCUCUUUCUACAGAAACUGAAGAAGGCUGUUCUUCAUACAACUUAUUAAAGGUUAUUCGUCACUUAUUUCGAUGGACUAGAGACAUGCAAUAUGCAGAUUACUAUGAACGUGUUUUGACAAAUGGUAUGCUUGGAAGACAAAGAGGAACAAACCCAGGGGUUUAUAUUUAUAUGCUUCCUCAAGGUGCUGGAGUUUCUAAGGCCCAUAGUUAUCAUGGUUGGGGUGAUUGGAAUAAUUCAUUUUGGUGUGAUUAUGGCUCAGGUGUUGAAUCAUUUUCUAAAUUAGGAGAUUCUAUAUAUUUUGAAGAGAAUGGUGUAAAUCUUAAUUUGUACAUCAUUCAAUUUAUACCUAGCACAUUUACUUGGGAUAAUGCUGGAUUUAACUUGAAGCAAGUAAUUCAACCUUUAUUUUCUCAUGAUCCAAAUCUCAAUGUCUCAAUAGAGUUCUCUCCAUUUAAGCAACAGAAGAGUGGAAAGGCUAGUGAUGUGGAUUUUACAGUGAACAUACGAAUACCGUUUUGGACAUCUAAAAGUGCAAUGGCAAUACUGAAUACAGAAACACUUUCACUACCAUCUCCUGGAAGUUUUUUGACCAUUAAAAGAAAAUGGAAGUCCGGAGAUAAGGUGACUUUGUCAUUACCAGUUGGUCUUAGGACAGAGAGGAUUAAAGAUGAUCGUCAUCAAGCUGUGUCUAUUCAAGCAAUUCUUUUUGGUCCAUAUCUACUUGCUGGCAUAGCUAAUAAAGGAUGGGACCUCAACAUUGGGAAAUCAUCUUCAAUAAAUGAUUGGAUAAAGCCAGUUCCUGCUAUAUAUGCGUCUCAAUUGUUUAGCUUUCAUCAAGGAGAUAUUAAAAAACCCUUUGUACUUCAACACAAUAAUAGUCACGUUUUAAUGGGAAAAUUUUCAACGAAGGGGACAGAUGAAGCAGUUCAUUCUAGUUUUAGAGUUGUUGAUCCUUCACAGGUAAAGAAAGGGUAUCGUUCAACCAUGGAUUUUAUUGGGAAGAAUAUCUAUCUAGAGCUAUUUGAUCAACCCGGAGUUGCUAUUUCACACCAAGGACCAAACAACCCAGCUAUAACUGCACAUACCAAUAAAAAUAAAGCAAUAAUGUUCAAAGUGAGUGAAGGGUUGAAUGGAAAAAAGAAUACCAUAUCCUUUCAGUCCACAAGUCUUCCAAAUUGCUUUCUCUUUGGAGGAGGAUCAACUGUACAAGCUAUUGUAUUGAAAUGCAAGCCCAGUACAGUUGAUGAGAAUUUCAAAGAUUCAGUUAGCUACAUUGGAACCAGAGGAAUUGAUACAUAUCAUCCCAUUAGUUUCAUUGCUAGUGGAUCAAACAGAAAUUAUCUACUCAAACCCCUCCAAAGCUACAUGGAUGAGUUCUAUACUUCCUAUUUCAACAUCACAACUUGAGUUAUUUUAGGUUGUCAAGUCAAUACAGACUAUAUUAUGAGAGUAUCAUUCUAUUGGGAUUUGCACUUGAAUGUUGACCAAUGUAUAUAAUAUAAUGGUAAUUAUUAAUAUUUAUAUAAUAUAAUGGCAGUUCAUUUUUUGUGCGGC